AUGCCCAAGGAAAUCCCCGCGCCCGCAUACACGAACCCGAGAGGGAUCCCACAGGCACCUUUUCUUGAGUCUGUGGGUGACUACGCAAGCGAUGAAGCAGACGCCACGCUGCUCCUCCGCAAUUUACAGGAACGUCUCCAAAAGUACCAGUUCAUGGAGCUGACGACGACGAGCCGAAUCCGGGGCCUGCUGGACAAGAUCCCGGAUAUGCGCAAGAGUCUUGAAAUGGUAAAGUUCCUUGCCGAGCGCAAGGACGCCUUCGAUACCCGGUAUGAGCUCAAUGACACCGUUUAUGCUGAGGCCACCGUGCCCCCCACCGACAAGGUGUUUCUGUGGCUAGGCGCCAAUGUGAUGCUGGAGUACAAUAUUCCUGAAGCCGAGGAGCUACUAAAAUCCAAACUGGACGGAGCAAUGAGUAGCGUCGACCAAUGCAAGGAAGAUCUGGAGUUCCUCCGGGAGAACAUCACCACUAUGGAGGUUAAUACUGCCCGAGUUAUCAACUGGCAAGUUGAGCAGAGAAAGCUAGCAGCAAAAUAG